AUGUUGAAGUACGUCCUCGUUGGAAUGGGAUAUGAUGCUCAACUCAUCGAUCACCAGCUCAGACGUGCCACAGCGAGGAACUAUACUUUGGAAAGAAGUGAACUGAAGCAGUUCUUUGAAACCAACUACUCUCAGAUUUAUUUUAUAUUCUUUGAAAAUCUGUUCACACUGGAAAGUAGUUUAAAACAAAAAGGGAAUAAGUCACAGAGGGAGGAGCUGGACUCCAUUCUCUUUGUAUUCGAGAAAAUACUUCAACUUCUUCCAGAGAAAAUCAACAACAGAUGGCAAUUUCACAGCAUAGGUUUAUUACAAUUGCAACAGAUACAGUGGUUAGCACAGCUGCUUCACAACUCCAGGAACCUGGGGUCGAUUCCAUCUUCAGGCUCAAUUUUGAAGAAACUUCUGCACACUGGAAACUCUGUUAAGAUAAGAAGUGAAGGAAUUCGACUCUACUUACUGUGGCUUCAAGCACUGCAAGAGAAUUCUUCUGAUGAGCAACUAACCUUAUUUGCUUGUCUAGUUCCUGGUUUUCCAGCUGUUUCAUCUCAAAUUGGACCAUGUACUUUAGAUACGCUCAUAAAUCCCUCCUAUAAUUUAUCUGAUGUAAAAAUUGCUGCAGAAGAUAUUACUCCUCUGCUACCAUCAGUAUUGGGAGAAAAGAUAUCAGAUGACCAGACUUUGUACUUCCUUCAAAUACUUCUAAAGUACAUGGUAAUUCAGGCUGCAAGUUUAGAAUGGAAAAAUAAAGAUAAACAAGAAAGUGGCUUCAAGUUUCUUUUUGCCUUGUUUAAGAAGUUCUAUCUUUCUCAUUUAUUUCCAUCCUUCACAAAAUUUACCAACCUUUACAAUCCUGUACUUGAAAUUCCUCAGAUGAGGCCAAAGCCACUAUAUAUCAAUGUAACACGAAACAAUGAAAGCGUUUACAGUACAAGGGACCAGUAUUUGGCAGCUCGGGUGGCAUUUAUUAAGUGGCUUGUGACCUUCUUUCUGGAAAAGAAGUACACUGCCACAAAUCAAAACACUAAGAAUGGUGGAGAGAUGCUACCUAAAAUUAUCCAGUCAGUGACUGCAAACCCAUCAACUCAGGAGAAAGCCAUUGAAUUGGAAGCAAGUGGGACCACUGAACAGGAUCGAUCUCAUUCCAACAGCAGCACUCUAUCUGAAAGAAGACUCAGCACCUCCAGCUUCUGCAGCAUUGAAGAAGAACAUCAGCCAGUCUAUGAGAUGGUUCAGAGAGUCCUCUUUUCUUCUCAAGCUAAUGUGAAUUUUAUCAAUGAAGUGUUUCACCAGGGUUUUCUGCUACCUUCUUGCGAAGCAUCAGCAAUAAAAAAAGUGGUAAAGGUUUAUCGAAAAUGGAUCUUGCAAGAAAACAAACCUCCAUUUAUGGCUGAGCCAGAAAAGUCAGAAACAGAUGAUGAUGUUGUUGAUCAUCCAGAGCAUCUUUCUGUAUUGCUGACUGAUAAUAAAGAGACCAUUCAGCAAUCAAGGCAUCGGCGUACAUCUAGUUGGGGAAGAACAUACUCUUUUACAAAUGCCAUCAAUCGGGGCUGUGUUUUUGAAGAGGAAAAUGCAAAUAUUCAGGCUGGUAUUCAAUCAACGUUGCAAGUAUUUUUGACAAAUUCUGCAAAUGUGUUCUUGUUGGAACCCUGCACUGAUGUCUCAAAGAUCCUAGAGGAACAGAUUGACGUCUGCAAGGCAGUAUUAAGUAUCUACAGGCACAUGAUCAUGGAAUUAAACAUGAGCAAGAAAACGUGGGAACAACUUUUGCGUGUAUUACUGAAGAUAACUGAAGCAAUUAUGCCAAAGCAACAGGAUUUGCACAACCGGGAUAUUUUUGCAGAGCACAUGGCUGGCCUACUUUUCCGGACGCUCAUUGUCGCCUGGAUUCGGGCUAAUUUAAGUGUAUAUAUCUCACGGGAACUAUGGGAUGAGCUGCUAUCUGUGCUUUCUUCUCUCACGGCUUGGAAUGAACUGAUUGCUGAAUGGGCAAAAAUUAUGGAUUCUCUCACUGUGGUGUUGGCAAGAUGUGUGUACAGUCUGGAUAUGAAUGAUUUACCACUGGACAAGCUAAGUGAGCAAAAGGAAAAGAAACAAAGAGGGAGAGGUAAUAAAAUUUAGACAACUGUUUGGAGG